GCUCCGCAGCGCGGCGGCGCCGGGACCGCGGCGCAGCCCCGGGGACAGGGCUCGGCCCGGCGGCGCCGCCGCCCCCGGGACGGACGCGCCCGCGGCAAGAUGGGCGCCCUGGCCCUGGCCCUGGGGAUUUUCCACUACCUGGGGCUCUACCUGCAGCUCGGCGCCGCCUCCCGGCACCCCCCGUGGGACGCCCCGGCGGCGGGCAGCGCAGCUCUCUUCACCGAGACCCCCCACGACAUGACGGCGCAGGCGGGUGAGGAUGUGGAGAUGGCGUGUUCCUUCCGCGGCAGCGGCUCCCCCUCCUACUCCCUUGAGAUCCAGUGGUGGUACGUCCGCAACCACAAGGACUGGACGGACAAACAGACGUGGGCUUCCAGUCAGCUGAAAUCAUCACCACCAGAGGAGCCCGGGAAAGAGGCGACAAAAAUCAGCGUGGUGAAGGUGGUCGGCAGCAACAUCUCCCACAAGCUGCGGCUGUCGCGAGUGAAGCUGGAGGACGAGGGGACGUACGAGUGCCGGGUGAUCGACUCCAGCGACGGCAAGGCACGGCACCACAAGGUGAAGGCGUACCUGCGGGUGGAGGCAGCGGGGGGCCCGGGGCACCCCCAGGACACCGAGCUGCGGGAGGCGCCGCUGGCAGAGCUCGCCGCGCCGGGCUCAGCCCACGCACACCACCACCACCACCACAAAGCCGGGAAGGAGCUGAAGAAGCGCUCGGCAGACACCUCCUGUGUGCUGUAGGUGGGCGGUGCGGGGGGACGCCGGAGCCCCCCUCCGCCCCGGACUCAGCGGAGCCACCAAGGGUCCCGCACCCCCUGCCAGAGACUGGCCCCACCACCCCGUCUUGUCCAGCACCCCUCGCCACCUCCCUCUCCCACAGGGCGCCGCGGGUUUCUCCCCAGCCACGGGGCCCAGCGGUGCCAGGGCUCGGCGUGGUGUGGGAGCCGGACCUGUCAGUGCCGUGGCUGCAUCGCCGGGGCUGUGCCCGGGGCCAGGGCAUGUGCCCACACGUGGUGGUCCCCAUCCCCCCGGCCUUGUGCGGGUGGGCGCCCGCUGCCGCUGCCGCUGCCACCGUGGUGCCGCGGGCUGUGCUGUGUCCCCGCUCUCUGCCCAGUGGGGCCCUCCUGCCCACGGGACCCUCCCUGCCCUCCCCCGUGCUUCGCAGACCCAGCCGCCUGUUCCUGUAGGUUGCCCCGUUUAGUUGCUCGGUUCCAGCCCCACAGUGCGUAUCUUAGUUCCAGCCUCCAUCCUAGAGCCCGUGUGUAUCCCCCCUGCCCUGCCCUGCCCCUGCCUGCCCGCAGCCCCCAGCAGCACGUCAAGGCCUGAGCUCAGCAGAGGAAGGACGGCACGGCCCAUUCCUGGCAUCGCUCAGCCAGGCAGCUGCCCGUGCUCCGUGUAUGCCCGGGAAGGUGUGCCAUCGGCGCUGGCCCCUUCACCCAUCACUCCUCCUCCCCUCGCAUCUCACAGAGGAUGGGGCGCUCACCCGCCAGCCCCGUCCAGCGUGGCCCCGUCCCGCUGCCCGUGCUGCCGUGGCUCUCGGCCCCUCUCGGUCAAACAUCCCUCCCCACCAGGCCACAGCACCACGUUGCCCCGGGCAGGGUCUGGCCCACGGGCUCUUGUGUCGCAGUGCAAACAGCAGAGCCCGUCCCUGCUGCCCGCACGGGUGACCACGGCCACUGGUGACGGAGCUGUGGGGAAGGAGAGUGGGGUCCCGAGCCUCCCCGCCCGGGUGCCGGGCGCUGCUCCCCUGCUGCCCCCCAGCCUGCCACCAUCAGACUUGCUGCAGCUAAUAAAGCUCUUUAAACGAA